AAACAAUUGACAGAUUAACAUAGCCUCUCCAUUCAGAAAAUCAGAAGGAGAAGCAGAAGAAGCAAAAUCUUGAUGGCAACAACAAGAAAACCCUCUUUCUUCAAGGUUCUUAUAGGGGAUCACUUCUGUAACAGAUUGAAAAUUCCCGGAGCUUUUCUUGAGCAUUUUGAUGAGAGAGUACCUGAACAGUGCCAUCUUAGAAUCGGCACUCAGACUUGGCUUGUUGAUGUUGAAAUGGUCAAUCAGAAGUUCUAUUUCCAAAAUGGUUGGAAGGAAUUUGUGCUUGAGAAUGGUUUAAGGGGUUGCGAGUUUCUAGUUUUUUUCUAUAAUGGAAAUUCGGAGUUCUAUGUCCACAUAUAUGGGAAGAAUGCUUGCAGAAAGGAGUUUGCAGUUGCCGCUACUGGAGUAAGUGGCACACCGAAAUCAAUGCGUGUUGGUAGCUCCAGAGGGAUGGAAGAAGCUGAUAGUAAUGACUCAUCUGUUCAGAUCUUGGAUGACUUUCCAACCUGCUCAAGAAGAGCAGGGGAGAAAUCUUCAGUACCAAGUCAUCAGCAGCACAAGAAAGACAGUAGAAGCUGGAUUGGUAAAGAGACACAUGGUCCCAAACCAGGAAUUACAACUUUUACAGGAAAAGAUGAUUUUCCAGCGGAACAAUAUGUGGGAGGGACUUCUAGCUCGAAACCAAAACAUGAGGUUCUUGGGAGGAUGUACACUGAUGACGACGAUGAUGACAAAGAAGAGGAAGAGAGUGAGGAGGAUGAUGAUGAUUGUGAGAAAGAUGAAGAGAGUGAGGAGGAUGAAAAUGAAGCUGACAGUGAAGAUGAUGAUGAAUUUGAAAAUGAAGCUGACAGUGAAGACAAAGAUGGUUAUGAAGAUGAAGAAGAGGAAGAAGAAAGCGAUGGAGAUGGAGAUGAGGGAAAAAGUGAUGAUUCUAUUGAAAUUCUGGACGAGUUUCCACGAUGCUCAAAAGCAAAAACAAUGAGGAAAUCAUCAGGGCUUCAGAAGAGAAAGAUAAACAGUUCUAAAGCUAAAGCAAAAAGAAGCAUAACACGUGCUAGUGGCUCGUCUAGCAAUCAAAAAAUCACAGGAUGGAAAUAUAAGGUUUUAAGGAAAAUGCCUGGAUCUAAUGGAAUCGGAGAACUUAUAGCUCGUCACAGAGCUAAAGAUUUCAUAUCCAAAUCUGACAAGCUUGAUUCUUGUUUGAUUGCCAUGUCUCCUUCGUAUAUUAGGGGAUCUUGUGUGCAUUUUCCACGUACUUUUGCCUACAGACAUCUUGGAAGGCAUUGUAGUCGCAUCAAACUUCGGGUUAAUAAGAGGAGGUGGCGUCUUGGUAUCUAUCAUGUCCAUAAAACAGUUAGAUUACAAGCUGGAUGGAUUGAAUUUAAGCAUGACAAUAAUCUGAAAGUGGGUGAUGUGUGCGUCUUUGAGUUGACUGACAGCAUCAAUGUACUUGAUGUUACAAUUUUCCGCGCCGCAGAAGCUGCAAAUUGCACCUUGCCAGGGGGAAGACAAACGACUGGGGUUCAAUUCAAGUCGGAAAAAGGAAAAGAGAAAGCUGGAUAGAUGAAGUUCAUAGAGUCUGAUUCCAUCAGCAAUUGGAAAUUGGCAUGUCCAUUUUCCAUGAUGCUUCUACUAUUGUAUAUUUAUCCUGGUGUUCAAUUAUGUAUCUAUUUUAAGAAAACGUAGCAGGUGCAUGCAUCAUUGAAAUGAAGGCUAUGCAUCUUGUUGUAUGACCUCAUAACUUUCUAUUCAGUAAUGUCAUUUUGAAAAGCAAGGAGCACU